UCUGGCAACCCCGCACAGCGUGUCCGGGCUGAGAGAGACCAUGACCACAGAGGAAGCGUUUAAAGUGUCCUCCCUCCGGGGGAAGGUGUCGCUGAUCACCGGGGCCAGCUCGGGGAUCGGAGCCGGGACCAGCCUGCUGUUCGCCAAACUGGGAGCCGUGCUGGUCCUGAACGGGAGGGACGUGGAGAACCUGCAGAAAGUGGCCAAACAGUGCACGGAGUGUGGAGCUGCAGAGCCGCUGCUGGUGCCCGGGGACCUGACGGACGAAGAGACGGUGAAGAAGACGGUGGAACAAACCAUCGCUCGCUUCGGCCGCCUGGACGUCCUGGUGAACAGCGCCGGCAUCCUGGCGAUGGGCGGCAUCGAGAACACGGACCUCGCUCAGUAUGACAAGGUCAUGAACAUCAAUGUCAGAUCAGUGUACCACCUGACUCAGGUCUGUGUGCCGCACCUGAUCAAGACCAAAGGCUCCAUCGUCAACGUCUCCAGCGUCAAUGGGCAGAGAUCAUUUCCCGGUGUGUUGGCCUACUGCAUGUCCAAGUCUGCCAUCGACCAGUUCACACGUUGUACAGCACUUGAGUUGGCAUCAAAACAAGUCAGAGUGAACUCAGUGUGUCCCGGCGUCAUCAUCACCGAUGUCCACAAGCGAGCCGGUCUGGAUGAGGAGCAGUACGCUCAGUUUCUUGCAAAGUGUAAGCAGACGCACGCCCUCGGCCGGCCAGGCGAGGUGGAGGAGGUGGCCCACGCCAUCGCCUUCCUGGCGUCGGACGCCGCCAGCUUCAUCACCGGGGUGAACCUCCCCAUCGACGGGGGCCGUCACGCAAUGUGUCCCAGAUGAGAGCACAUCUGUUCACAUCUGUCUGCCAAUAAACCACUUCCAAACUCA